GGCAUAUGGAGUUCCCGGGCCAGGGUUCAGAUCCCAGCCGUAGUUGCAACCUACGCCUCGGCUGGGGCAACUCAGGAUCCAGCCCACUCUGCUGGACCGGGGAUCCACCCACCCAGCCCUCUGGAGACGCCGAAGAUCCUGUUGCUCCAUAGCGGGAACUCAGCGUCAGGUUUUGGUCACCGUAUCUGCUGCAGAAAAUCAGUAUUUGUGAAAGGAGGGAUUGAGAUACCCUGAGAUUGUAUCACCACGAUGCAAAUUCCAAUUAAAGCCUGGAGCUUUGCUGCGUGCUGGGCCUGGAAGGUCACUGGCCACCUGCAGGUGGUAAAACGUGAGAGUUUUCCCUCUCUGGGUUUGUUUGUGCUGCCCUGCCUCCCCCAUCCCCAGCUGAGCCCCAUGUCUCUUAUAAAAGUUCAUCUACAGAUUUCAGAUGAUCUCUCGAAGAAUCCGGGGCAGGUCUGUGGUGGGAGAGCUCCGGGGCCUUCCUCUCAUUGUUGCAAAACUCAGCCUUUGUCCACUUGUGCCGAAAUGAAAUGUGCAGACUGAGUUUUGGGUGAAGGAGAAAAAAUAACUCCAUUGCUUUGCCAGGCAAAGGAGGCCCCAGCAGGCUCAUGCCUUAAAGGCCGUGCCCCCCCUUGGGGAAGAACUGCAGGGAGUUGUAAAAGGAGAAAAACAGGGUUUCAGGCCAUUGUGCUCCGGGCGCCUCAUCUUCAGCGCGCAGGUGAUUGUGUUUAGGGGGCGACGAAGCCAGGGGGGCGCACAAGGCGGGGCUCCCAGCUGUUCCGUUUUAAAGUAUUUAAGCUGCUCAUUUCUAGAAGCAGCAGCAGGACGAGCACUUUUCUCUGAGGUGCACAGGAUGCUCCAUCAUGACUGCAUCCCUUGAGGGGGAACCAGGACCCUGCCCCAAAGCUGCGCUGCUGUUUGUUGACGGCUCCUCCCUGGUCUCUGCCCCCCACCCCCACCCCCUUCCGUGAUCAGCAACGCCCAAAACCUGCCCCUUGGAGCUCAGGGAAGGGCAUGGAGGCUGAAUGAGGCCCGUUUCCUAACAACAAGAAACGGGGGACCCAGAAAGGCUUUUGUGCCCAGGAACCCCCCCAGGGCCCAGCUCGGUUAUAUGGUCACCCCGAAUCCACGGCAGCAAGCUGAGACUAUGCGCGGACUCUGGGCAUCUGCUGUCUGCUUAUCGCCUUUCCCGAAAUCUUAGGGUCUGGCUUAUCCCCCACCCCCAUCCUCUCAAAGUGGGCAGAUGCCAGCCCCCUGGGGGGGCCACCAUGGUCAUUCUUUGCUGAACUGCUUGUAUCUCGUGAUUUAAAUUGCCCAGGAAGAGCACGAGCUGUCAGUCAUUCUUGCAGAGUGGCCGACUUCACUGAUAUUUACGAUGAGUGGCCGAAUGGUUUCUUGUCACUUCACUGUGUACUUUUAUUCGUGGCAGACACUAGAAGCCCUGGCUUCUUCCCGGGAGACACACACAAGUCAAAGACCUUGAGAGCAGCAGCUCCCAGAGCCGUGCUGUGACCUGUGUUCCUUGCCGCCGAGUGAGGUCUGGGGCACCCCUCCUGCGUGGGGCCACCACGGGGCCCCCAACCUGGACCACCCUGGAUUCCAGACGAAGUGAUGGCCUUUACCGGUUAUUGCCAAACACGGAGUGGACCUCUCUGUGCUGUACCAUAGAGCCUUGUUAGUUACCUAUUUUCUGUAUAGUCAUGUGUAUAUUUCAAUCCCAUCCUCCUAAUUUAGCCCUCCCUACCAUGGUUUGCCCUAUGGUAACUGUAAGUUUUAUUUCAAAAUCUCCGAGGUCCCGGUUACAGAGCCUGCGCUGUGUGCACGCAGGCAACAGUCAACAGGAACCGCCAGUGAGUGGUUUUCUUCCAUUGACGGCGAUAUAUUUAGUGCAAGCAUUGAUCUUGUGCCGCCUCCGGGAAAAUGAAGACAACAGGAUCACUUGCUUUAGGACCGUUGUGUUUAAUCGGGAGCACAAGUUUAAGGAAUUCUGCAGGGGUGAAAUACAGCCGAGACUUGGGAAGAGAAGGAGGGUCAGUAAGUGAUGACGGCUGUAGGUGGCCGGCAAAGGGCCCUGGCUCUCUUUCACUUCUCAACAAUCCAAAUUAAGGGCCAUCUCCGCUAGGAGCCUGCUGCCAAUUGACGGCGAGCAAAGAAUGGAAACAGGUGCGUAAAUAGUUCUAGAAAGGAUCAUCAGCGGUAACGCGCAGCGUGUGUGUGUGUGUGUGUGUCCGACCGCUUCUCCCUGGGGUGGGGUGAGGCGCGCGUAAAUCAUCAUACCAGGGCCCUAGGGUUUUCUGUCACAGGGUUUCUCUAGACAAACCAUCCCAGCCACAGCCUUCACCCUAAAGCUUGGGAGCAUCCCGAACCUGACUCAUUUUGAGGAUGGGGACAGGGCCAAGGGAGAUUCCUCCCAGGGACCGGUUGCAAAGAAUCACUUGGGAAGGAUUCAGCGGGGAAGAGGGUUGGUUCCGGUAGGACCCCAGCUGGGGCGAGUGGCCAAUCAGAGAGCAGGAUAAAGCGGGGUGGGCGGGGCUGCGCGAGGACCCGGCUUUGCGGGAAGGUACGCCUCUCUCGUUAGCGUUUAGAAACUUGUUUUCGCCGCAGUGUGAUGCACCUAAGAGUAUGACGUUGAGCCCUAGACGUGCUUUUGAUGCCGUGUUGUGAGUUACCGAGGAACGUUCGGGGCGGUAACUGAAAUGGGCUUCACAUUGUCUUUAUCAAGUGUUACGCUUCAAGCAUCACGACCAUGGGACUCUUGAGCUUGUCUUCGUAGAGCUCACACUCGAAAGGAUGCAUUUCAGUUUGAAGGCUUGGCUGGGACCUGUUCGCCCUUCUUCCGGCUAUAAGAAGGCAGAUGAUGAGAUGUCCCGGGCCACGUCUGUGGGAGACCAGCUGGAUGCACCAACCCGCACCAUUUACCUCAACCAACCGCAUCUCAACAAAUUCCGAGACAACCAGAUCAGCACGGCCAAGUACAGUGUGUUGACGUUUCUACCUCGAUUCUUGUAUGAGCAGAUCCGGAGAGCUGCCAACGCCUUCUUCCUCUUCAUUGCCUUAUUACAGCAAAUCCCAGAUGUAUCUCCAACGGGAAGAUACACCACCCUGGUGCCAUUGAUCAUUAUUUUAACAAUCGCAGGCAUCAAAGAGAUCGUAGAAGAUUUUAAGCGACAUAAGGCAGACAAUGCAGUUAACAAAAAGAAAACGAUAGUGUUAAGAAAUGGUAUGUGGCAUACCAUCAUGUGGAAAGAGGUGGCCGUGGGAGACAUCGUCAAGGUUGUCAACGGGCAGUAUCUUCCGGCGGACGUGGUCCUGCUGUCCUCAAGCGAACCCCAGGCAAUGUGUUACGUCGAAACGGCCAAUCUAGACGGAGAGACGAACCUUAAGAUACGUCAGGGCUUGAGUCACACGGCCGACAUGCAGACGAGGGAGGCGCUGAGGAGGUUGUCUGGGACCGUAGAGUGCGAAGGGCCCAACCGCCACCUCUACGACUUCACUGGAAACUUGAACUUGGAUGGGAAAAGCCCUGUUGCCCUUGGGCCUGACCAGAUCUUAUUAAGAGGUACACAGCUUAGAAAUACUCAGUGGGUCUUUGGCAUAGUUGUCUAUACUGGACACGACACCAAACUCAUGCAGAACUCCACCAAAGCGCCUCUCAAGAGAUCCAACGUGGAGAAGGUCACCAACGUGCAGAUCCUGGUGCUGUUCGGCAUCCUGCUGGUCAUGGCCUUGGUGAGCUCGGUGGGCGCCCUCUACUGGAACGGGUCUCAAGGAGGAAAGAACUGGUACAUCAAGAAGAUGGACACGAGCUCAGACAAUUUUGGAUACAACCUGUUGACAUUCAUCAUCUUGUACAACAAUCUGAUUCCCAUCAGCCUGCUGGUGACUCUUGAGGUUGUGAAGUACACUCAAGCCCUGUUUAUCAACUGGGACACAGAUAUGUAUUAUCUAGAAAAUGACACACCUGCCAUGGCCAGGACGUCAAACCUUAAUGAAGAGCUUGGGCAGGUGAAAUAUCUAUUUUCUGACAAAACUGGAACUCUUACAUGCAAUAUCAUGAACUUCAAGAAGUGCAGCAUUGCUGGGGUCACUUACGGUCACUUUCCAGAAUUGACAAGGGAACCGUCCUCAGAUGAUUUCUGCCGGAUUCCGCCUCCACCAAGCGAUUCCUGUGACUUUGACGACCCCCGGCUCUUGAAGAACAUCGAGGACCGUCAUCCCACAGCUCCUUGCAUCCAGGAGUUCCUCACGCUCCUGGCCGUGUGCCACACCGUGGUUCCUGAGCGGGACGGGGACAGCAUCAUCUACCAGGCCUCCUCCCCAGACGAAGCUGCUUUGGUGAAAGGGGCUCGAAAGCUGGGCUUUGUCUUCACGGCCAGGACGCCCUACUCUGUCAUCAUCGAGGCUAUGGGACAGGAGCAGACGUUUGGAAUCCUUAAUGUCCUGGAAUUUUCUAGCGACAGGAAGCGAAUGUCCGUCAUUGCGAGGACACCUUCGGGGCAGCUGCGGCUCUACUGCAAAGGGGCUGAUAAUGUGAUUUUCGAGAGACUCUCGAAAGAUUCAAAAUACAUGGAGGAGACCCUCUGCCACCUGGAGUAUUUUGCCACGGAAGGCCUGCGGACUCUGUGUGUGGCUUACGCCGACCUCUCCGAGAGAGAUUACGAGGAGUGGCUCAAAGUCUACCACGAAGCCAGCACCUUAUUGAAAGACAGGACACAGCGGCUGGAAGAUUGUUACGAGCUGAUCGAGAAGAACUUACUGCUCCUUGGAGCUACCGCCAUAGAAGAUCGCCUUCAGGCAGGCGUUCCAGAAACCAUAGCGACUCUGUUGAAGGCAGAAAUUAAAAUAUGGGUGUUGACAGGCGACAAACAAGAAACUGCAAUUAAUAUAGGCUAUUCGUGCCGGUUGGUGUCACAGAACAUGGCCCUGAUCCUGCUGAAAGAGGAUUCCUUGGAUGCCACCAGGGCAGCCAUCACCCAGCACUGCGCCGACCUGGGGAGUCUGCUGGGCAAGGAGAACGACGCGGCGCUCAUCAUCGACGGCCACACCCUGAAGUACGCGCUGUCCUUCGAGGUCCGGAGGAGCUUCCUGGACUUGGCCCUCUCGUGCAAGGCGGUCAUAUGCUGCAGGGUGUCUCCUCUGCAGAAGUCGGAGAUAGUGGAUGUGGUGAAGAAGCGGGUGAAGGCCAUCACCCUGGCCAUCGGGGACGGGGCCAACGACGUGGGCAUGAUCCAGACGGCCCACGUGGGCGUGGGGAUCAGCGGGAAUGAGGGCAUGCAAGCCACCAACAACUCGGACUACGCCAUCGCCCAGUUUUCCUUCUUGGAGAAGCUGCUGCUGGUCCACGGCGCCUGGAGCUACAACCGAGUGACCAAGUGCAUCCUGUACUGCUUCUACAAGAACGUGGUUCUCUACAUCAUCGAGCUCUGGUUCGCCUUUGUUAAUGGAUUUUCGGGGCAGAUUUUAUUUGAACGUUGGUGCAUCGGCUUGUACAACGUGAUCUUCACGGCGCUGCCCCCCUUCACGCUGGGCAUCUUCGAGAGGUCGUGCAGUCAGGAGAGCAUGCUGAGGUUCCCGCAGCUCUACAAGAUCACCCAGAACGCCGAGGGCUUCAACACCAAGGUUUUCUGGGGUCACUGCAUCAACGCCUUGGUCCACUCCCUUAUCCUCUUCUGGUUCCCGAUGAAGGCGAUGGAGCACGACACUGUGUUGGCCAAUGGUCACGCCACAGACUAUCUAUUUGUUGGAAAUAUUGUCUACACGUACGUUGUUGUUACCGUUUGUCUGAAAGCCGGUUUGGAGACUACAGCAUGGACAAAAUUCAGUCACCUGGCCGUCUGGGGAAGCGUGCUGAUCUGGCUGGUGUUUUUUGGCGUCUACUCGACCAUCUGGCCCACCGUCCCCAUUGCUCCAGACAUGAAGGGCCAGGCGGCUAUGGUCCUGAGCUCUGCACACUUCUGGCUGGGGUUGUUUCUGGUUCCUACCGCGUGUCUGAUGGAAGACGUAGCGUGGAGAGCGGUGAAGCACACCUGCAAAAAAACGCUGCUGGAGGAGGUGCAGGAGCUGGAAACCAAGUCUCGUGUGAUGGGAAGAGCGAUGCUUCGGGACAGCAAUGGAAAGAGGAUGAACGAGCGAGACCGGCUGCUGAAGAGGCUGAGCAGGAAGACACCACCCACCCUAUUCCGGGCGGGCUCCUUCCAGCAGUCGGUGCCUCACGGGUACGCCUUCUCCCAGGAGGAGCACGGAGCCGUCACCCAGGAGGCCAUCGUCCGCGCCUACGACACCACCAAGCGCAAGUCCAGGAAGAAGUGAGACGCGGCGCCCGGGGUCCUGAAUGCGAGGCAGUUUGGUUACCCCGCCUUUGUCAGAGGAGCCCGGUGUCUGCAGCCCAAGCACCGGAAAACACAUCCCGAGGCCGUAGCCCCCCCCUCUGUUGGUCAUCUGCUCCCUCGCCAGCCUGGACGCGCCCCGCAGGGGAGGCCCUGUCCCAUCCGCGCUGCCGCCGCGCUUGGCCCGACCCUGGUUUCUGUUGUUACGAAGCGUUCGACUGUGCUCUGCGAGGCGUGAAAUUAAAAACACGCCGUUUCACCCACAUUUAAACAUCAGUCCCCGUGGUUCUGGGAGAAAGAGAAGAGUUUUAUGGCGCGUGAGAAACGCAGCCCGGGGACCGGAGCGGGGCGCGCAGGCUUCCUGGUUGCUGAUCACAGAUGGGAGUCCGCGGGCAGCACGCACACGGCCCGCGAGGCGGGCUGCUGGUUCGCUUUGAUUCCCGCUUUGUUUGUAUGAAUUGGCAUAAACUUGAUUGCAGUGAAAUCACAAAAAUAGGUAUCUGGGUGGUAGGCCUGAGAACGAUUCUGUGAACCGCUCAGUCACAUUCCCUGCUUGGGGGGGGCACAUGGUGUCCCCACUGUCCCCUGCACCCUGCGCCCUGGUCAGGUGCCUCCUGGCCCGGCGCCCCGCCCUCAGACCCCCCCCCACACACAGGCCGGCCCUGCGCUUGGUGCGUGGCAGCUGCGGGGACCCCCCAGACGCACACCCUCCUCCUCCUCCUUCUGCAGCCCCCAGAGGGACACGGACGCGAGAAAUCCCCUCGCCUCUGCCUGGAGCCGCAUGGCCCUCCUGCGUCUCUGUCCCUUUCUGACAAGGGAAGCCUGCACGUCAGGCUCGCAUUUCUGGCCCCCAGGCCCUGGGACCUGGGCUCCCGCUUCAAUUAGAACCCAGGCUUGUUGGCCCAGGAGCUGAGCACACGUUUCGGAUCCGGAGUGAAUCUGCAGCAUGUCUCCCCACGAAGGCACAGCCCUGACCCUGUGUCCCCCUGGGAUGUGAGGAGGAGUGACCAGGUGGGUGGCGAGGGCCCGAGGGCGGGGAGGGGACACGGGCGAGGAAGCUGGAGCCACAGCCGCAAAGGAGGGCGCUUUCCCGCACACCUCCCCGCAGAAACCUUCGAGUCAAACCGGACGCCCAGACAGCCUCGCCCUCAGCCCACGGCGACCUUGGACGCGCGGUUCCCCGGGAACAGAGCGCCACGCUCUUGGAGGCCACGGCCUCUCUGACCUUGACCGGUGUUCCCUCCUCCCCCGUCAGCGCUGGAGGCCGGCGGCUCUCCGGACACAGGGGCCCUGAAUCCAAGACGGCGACGGGGGCGCUGCCUCGCCGACUCCCCAGGGCGGAGCCCCGCGGUCCAAGCUCGAGGGAACGCGGCUGCCUGCCGGCGGGAGGGCAGCACCUGCCGCAGGCCCUCUGCUCCCGCUGCGGUCGCCACCCCCGAUUCUUGGCCGCUUGAACGCACGUGCUUCUGGGCAGCCGUGGCCGGCUCCCACCGCCCAUUUCCUCCGGGGAGGGCCCGGCUGUACGAAGAAGGAAAACAGCAGGCCUUCGGCGUCCUCCCGACCCCGCUGCCCCUGGGAACACCCGCGUCUUCCGGGGCGUGGGGAUGACUUGGGGCGUGAUGUGCGCUGCCUGAGGACAGGAACCCCUCACUCCCGAGGUCACCCGGACCCAGGGAGGCUCCGGGGCCCACAGACCAAGGCAGGGAAGUGCAGGGCCCCCCUCCCCGAGCUGUAGGACACGUGAGACACCGGAGCACCCGCAGGAUGAGUGGUCGGGGGUGAGGGUCAUGCAGCCGUCACAGCGACACGUGCUCCUGCGGUCAACCCAGCGAAGCCGGGCGGGGUCUUCCCCGCACCCGCGGAAGGGUGCCGGCCUAGGUGCAGAGCGGCCGCGGGGAAAGCUCCACACUGAGCUCCGUUGGGCACCCUCACCACUUGGCUUCCCCCGGGAACCAAGCCCAGCUGGAGAAGGGGCUCCAAAGUCAGUCCUCCGUCCCACACUUGGCUCCUUGCACGGGAAGCCUCCAGGCUCAGAUGUGUGAAUCCCAGCGUGUGUGUGCGCACGCGCGCCUGCUUGGGGCUUUGGGGGGUUUAUUUUACACAUUCAAAUGUAGUUCGGAUCCUUCAGAGGUUGCAGUGUAGUUCCCAGUUCUUUUGAGAAGGAGACUAAACAGACUUUGCCGCCGGGAGAGGUGCGCAGAGAAGAGCGCGUUCCUCGGAUGCCUUUCUCCUCGCCUGGAUCAAGCGCGUUCAUAGCCACGUGACUAAGGUUUCUAGCAGGAGCACCUGUCACUCCGUGUGACGCCUGAUAUGUAGCUGGGGCUGUCUCGGUUGUCCUAUCUUUAAAUUGAGGUCAGGGUGUCACACACAAGCCCUCUCGGGGGAGCAGGGUGGACAGGAUUGAGUUGCACUCUGUCAGCUCCGUGGAGAUGCCACAUGGCACUUGUCACUCAGUCACACGGUGACACAGGGGCUGGCAGGUCGGCCCUGCGGGGCCCGGCUCCGCAUUGGGCUCAAGAGAAAGAUUCCACUCAGGCCCAGCCCUGGGCUAGUGCUGCAGAGACGGCCGACUCUCGCUGGAGUGUGUCGCCGUCAGGCUGACCCUGCAGAAGAGUUGCCUCUCGGCGCUCCCGGCCGUGAGCCCGUCGGGCUCCAGCACAGGCAGGAGGCUUCAGCAAGGACAGGGAACGGAAGGCAGGGAGAGGAAGUCGGCCACGUCUGCUGGGCUCUCUGGGUCAGCAUGUCAUUGCCAUUCCGGACACUGUGUCAUCAUUCUGGGUGUCGGUGAAAUGUCUGGCCCAUCUGUAGGCGGAACAUCCCAGGCUUCUGAACCAGUGUCACAGUCUCCCAUCUCCCGACUCCCUCGCACAACCUGUGCUUUGGAAAAAGACAGUCUCUCUAACACUUGGAGUCUGGGCUUCAGCAGAUCACAGGUGGGAAUUCUGGCCUUUUCUUUUUGCUGACAAGGCUUCAGGUCUGGCUGCAGGGAGCUGGCAGUGGCAAUCUAUGAUUGCUUGUCAAGAAAAAGUGAAUAAGGAAAACAAAGGGAGCAUAAUUAACGUCUGAAACGCUAUGGACAGGUGGUAGAGACUUUACGGUUGAGGCUGCUUUGGGUUUUUUGGGUUUUUUUUGUAAGAAACUCUAUAAUUUCCAUUUGUCAUAACAAUGACCCUUCAUCUUUUUUUUGAGCCACGUGGAAGCAUAUUUUCCAUCCGAUUCCUGCUCCUAGAGAUUGAUGUCUUAAGGUGACGGGUUGAAGAGAAUGUUUGCAAACACUGCUGCAGGAUAUGGCUGUCUUUAGUUUUGGACAAGCCAAAGAACGACACCCAUGGCAGCCAGGGUUUGAAUGAACGCUGAAGGUCAUUGUCUCAAAGGAAUUCAAGGACUGGUUUAGCCUCAGCAUUCAGAACGCAGCCUUGGACCUACUGGGAUCCAUACAAAAUUGUGACCCAACUGUGGUGCAGCAGAGCCUGAAAUAAUAGCGUGCGUGGCGAAGCAGUGAGUUUAUCACAGGUCAGGCUAGAGGAGGGAGUCUCCCAUUCAAUGCUUUCUUCAGGCAGAUGCUUCCGUGAGAAAACCGAAGAGUGAUGGAGACGGAGGAAAUAAGGCGUCCCCUCCAGAACAAGAGGGGCGUCGCGGAGCGGCUGGCCCAGGGCAGUUCUUGGUCCUGGAAGCCUGGGGGAGGCCCUGCAGCCUCAGGCGAGCCAUCUCUCCCCCUUGAAGAGCCAUAUGCCACGUCAGGGCCCCCGAACCCGUGCGACGGCACACGAAUCCGUCUUCCCAGCAGGAACACAGGCUCGUGCAUUAGCUUUCUCAGCAUCGCAAACCCACCAGCCUCUUGCGCAAGAGCUUCCGUUCACGCCAGGCCCCCACUCGUGCUCCGUGCGAAGCGCUCUCGGUUUGCUGGUCUGAACGAGUUGCGACGGGGACCUUUUCCGUGGGAAGAAAGGCCCUGCGCACACAAGGCCCUGAGUGGGAACAGCGAAGGGGGGAGCACCCCCGUUUCCCCACCCCAAGCGGCCCCCACGGCUGCUCCUCCACCGAGCACCUCUGCUCCCCGGACGGACAGGGAACAAAAGAGCGAUUCUUCCCACACCCAGGCCGGCUCGUUUUCAAGCGACUGUCUCUCCCCCCAGGCGCCUCAGAGACACCCACUCCCAGGCAUUGGACCAAGAAAAACAAGCCCCUGCCAUCCGCCCCCUACACCCUGGCUUUUCUCCUGAUCUGGCCAAAAAAAGAAAGGGGACCUGUGCGUGGAGAGUCGGGCACAAGUGUCAGGUGGCUUUGAUUUAUGACAGGAAGAGGAAGGAGGAGUUCAAGGACCGGCGCUGUCCAAAUAACCCGCCCAGGAAACGCAGGGCUCAAGAGAGCCCAUCGAGUGCCCUUCAGAGGCCAGCGCCGUAGUGGAGGGCAAAGGGCCAGGGGCAGGCAGGAGCCCAGUCCCACGGGACUGCUGGCAGGUGAGUCCUUGAGGUCCUUGGGGCUUGGCACACACCUCCGCAAAGCAGUCAGGGCCAAUUCCAGAACUGAGAAAAAGACGCCUGCUUUGUCAUUGAGUUUCUCUCGUUCCAACAAGAUCCCUGCACAAGGAAAUACUUUUCCAGGUUUUCCUUAAUAAAAGCCACCCAAGUCCUAUUCCCCCCCACCCAUGACCCUGACCUCGGGUGCUGGGCAGAGAGCCCCCCAGCUCCCCAUCCAGGCCACCUCGGCAGCCGGUCACCCUCGUGCUGUUCGAAGGGCCGGUCCUGGUGGUAUCUUUCUCACGCGGGCGCAGCCACGUGCUCUGCUGUCACAUCUGUGCCCGAUCGCGACAAUACCAUCUGCGCCACGGAGGUUUUAAUCUGCUUAUGCAGAGAGGAGCGGGCGGCGGGGCGCGUUUAAUUGGCUCCCAGCAGAGCAGAGAGCUGUUCGGUGGAGCACGGGGUUUUGUUCUUGCCUCGAGAAGUGUUGCCAUUUUCACGUCCUAUUAAUGUCCCCUGGUCGUUAACUUCGAGCAGCGCCGUGUAGCGGAGCCGGGCUCCCUCCUGGAGUGAAUACAAAUGAAGGGCAUUUCCUUGGAUUUCGAGGGGGUUUGCCAAGCGCCGUGCUUCCUGGCUUUGAUCAAUCCUGUGGACCGGCGUGUGUCUGCAGAAACCUGUCUCAAAUAAACCUUUUG